AUGAAUCAUCCAUCGGGAGGAGGAGUUCCCUUCGUUUCGAAGUUAUCAUCUGUUGAGAAACACAUCGAUAAUAAAGGUGCACAGAGUUCUGUUGCCUUCAUCUACCAAGCUAAAAUAGCAGAAUUGUUGCGCAAUGUAACAGCAACAUGGAGCAAGAAUCUUAUUAAUCAUUCGUUUAGCAUCACCGUAGAGAAUAUGAAAGACGAUCAGAAUCAUUACACGUGUAAGAUUGAUUUAAAAGCUUGGCAAUUUUGGGGUAAGAAAGGUUUAAAAAACCUAGAAGUAGAUGGCAGAAGGGUAGACGUGUUUUGGGAUUUUCGACAAGCCAAAUUCUCGAGCAGCCCAGAUCCUUGUUCGGAUUAUUACGUGGCUCUAGUGUGUGAAGAAGAGGUAGUUUUACUUUUAGGUGAUUUAAAGAACGAUGCUCUUAAGAGAACUAGAAAAAAACCCUCACCAGCUGAAGCUACCUUGCUCUACAAGAAAGAACAUGUUUAUGGGAAAAAAUUAUUCUACACAAGAGCUGUGCUCGACGAAUCACAAAAAGAACAUGAUGUUGUGAUUGAAAGCUCUCUUUCAGGGCCAGAUGAUCCCGAAAUGUGGAUUACAGUGGAUGGGACGAUGGAGAUCCGAAUCAUGAAUUUAAAUUGGCGAUUCAGAGGAAAUGAGACUAUUACUGUUAAUGAUGUUCCUGUACAAAUUUUAUGGGAUGUCCACGAUUGGUUGUUCAAUAGCUCUGGAUCGUCUCAUGGCCUGUUCGUUUUUCAGCCGGGUCCUCUAGAUUCCGAACCUAACAAACACAAGAAUUACAGCAACAACAAUACCAUUAAUGAAAAGAAAAGUAAAGAUCUGAGUCAGUCUGCUCUUGAAUGUUAUCAUAUUUUGUAUGCAUGGAAAAUUGAAUGA